AUGACUGAAGUUGUAGAUAAGGCUUUGGCCGCAUGUUAUCAAUAUUCUUUAUUUCAACCUUCUAUUUUACUCAAAAUUAUUAAAGAUCUAGAUAAAAAGAUUGAAGCAUUAGCAAAAUUAGAAGAAGAAUUAAUUGAAGAAACACCACUCGAGCCACAAGAAAUAACUCAACUUGUACCAUCCCUCAGAGAUGCUUUGAAGGGUUCACAAACAGCAGUAUCUUACGCAUCACUUACUUGCUUAAAUCCCUUCGUUUCUUUAAUAGCGGAAACACACCCUUCUCAACUUAGAAAUGUCGUUGUGGCUUUUGCUCCAUCUGUAAUCGAUAAAUUAGGUGAUACAAAAGAUAAAACGAGGGAAAAUGCACUUCAAGUAUUGUUAACUAUGUAUGAAUCAGCGACAAAUUUGAAUGGUGGAACGAAUAUCAUAACUGCAUUAUCUACCAUUAUAAAAGAUACAGCAUUUGGGCAUAAACAAUGGAGAGUUCGUGAGCAGAUUUUACAAUGGAUUGCUGCAUGUUCAAAAAAAAUAACAGAUUUUCCUAUAAGGCAUUGGGUACCAUACAUGGUAAAGCUGCUCGAAGAUCCACAUGAACAAGUGAGGGAAACGGCAAAAGAAACUGUAAUAUUACUCUUCAAUGGUGCUGCAUCGCACGCUAAAUCUGACUUAAAGCGUGAACUUAAAGAACAGUCAAUUCGUUCUGGCAUAGUCGAAUACAUACUUUCGAAAAUUGUGUCCAGCCCGUCAAGUGAUGGGCAUAGUGAACGUAAUAGUGUAUAUGAUAAUACUGAUAAUCAUACAGAUGCCGGAACUGAAAUAACGGAGGAGGAUUAUUUUAGUAGUGGAACAGGGAAUGAAGAAAUUGCAAAAUCCAUAGAUUCAAUAGCUAGACCUACCAGUUCUGCUGAUAGUGAAGUUGGUGUGAUAAAUGUUGACAGUGCAAAAGAACUAGAAAGAGAAUUCCAAAAUUUAUUAUCUUCUUUUCAAGGGAGAGAAUCUGAACAGAAUUGGUUGGUUCGUGAACGUGGCAUAAAUCGAUUACGUUCAUUGGCUAGAGGAGACGCAUUUUCAAGUUUUCCUGAACCAUUUAUUAAUGGAAUAAAAUUAUUAAUGGAUGGCAUAUUGAAAUCGCUUUCGAGUUUGCGUACAACACUUACCUUAGCAAGUGCUGGCCUUAUCAAAGAUUUAGCAACACAAUUAGGUUCCACUAUCGAUCCUUUUGCUGAUAAUUUUCUAGCUUAUCUUAUCAAAAUGACUUCUUCAACCAAAAAAAUUGUUGCACAGGCAGCUGCUAAUUCAGCAAACACAUUAUUAAAAAAUGCUUCGUAUCAUGUUCGCCUUGUUAAUCAAAUUUGGCAUGCAAUGGAAGAAAAAAAUUUGCAGCUUCGAAACUUCGCUAUUGGUUUUGUAAAAACUGUAAUCCAAUCACAUUCUGAUAGAAAAGAUGCGAUUGAACGAACUGGUGGUGCUGAAUUAUUGGAAAAAUGUGUAAGAAAAGGCCUAACUGAUGCAAAUUCUAAAGUGAGAGAAACAUGCCGGGACGUAUUUUGGACGUUUUAUGAGGUCUGGCCAGAAAGAGGAGAAAAGAUUAUGAAAAAUUUAGAACCAGUUGCGAAAAAACAAUUGGAACGCGAUCGGCCAAAAACUCUAGUAGCAUCACCACUGGCGACACCUACUAGAAAUCGUCCAACAACACCUGCACCUCCACGAGGACGUUCCAGAUCAUCGAGUGUGGGUAAAUCAAAAGGAUCUCCAUCUAUAGGAUAUAGCCUAGAUGAUAACCAUUCAUUACAUCCUGAAUCACCUUCGAAAAAUGUUAAAGAACCAACAAAACUUACACCUCAAAAUCUUUCUUAUAUACGUGCUAAAUCACCAACACCCAUGACGAGAACCAAAUCUUCAGCAAGCGCUUCCAGCAACACUUCUAGUAACUUAUUGAGUCCAAAAUUAACUCCAACAAAACGUGGUCCAUCGAAUCAAGCUCCAUCUACUCCAAAAACUCCAAAAACUCCAUCUACUCCAAAAACCCCACGAAAAUUAACGAUUAUUGAACAAUUACAACAUAAUGAGUGGCCGACACGUAUUGAAGGCUUACUAGUUGUAGCACAAUUAAUAGUAAAGCGAUCGUUGGAACCAUCAUCUGCGAAACAAAAAUCAUCACUUCCACCUGAUGAAGAGUUAAGUUCAGUUUUAAUCAACUUCUUGAACGAUCCUGAUCCAAAAGUAAUUGAAAAGUUUAUGGAUCCAAAUAUCUUUGUUGAGCUAGCAAAAGUUAUACAAUUAGAACAUUUUAUACCAAAACUUAUUUUAAGUGCUAAUGAUGAAAACAACUCGGAACAAUCCCAAGUAAUUCAAUCGCAUUUUCCUGGAUUGAAAUCAGGGAUUGGCAUUAAUAAAGCAUUAGCAGCUCUUAAUAAGUGUUUGUUAUUGUUAAAUAACUCUGCUUCACAAAAAAAAUCUGCUUCUGGAUCGACAUUUACUCAAUCUCAAAAACGUAAGGUUAUUAACGGAAUUCUUAUUUGGUUAAAUGAGAUUCUUGUACCUAAAUUAGAAGAAGUUGAAAAUAAUGGGACACCAACUGGUUAUCUAAGCGAUCCCGAAAAAUAUAAACUCCUUGCAAAUCGCCUUAUUCCUAUGGUAUCCAUGAUGAAAAAUACUUCCGAAAACUAUAAACCACUUAGUGAUUUAUUGAUUAAUAUGCAUAAAUUAAAUCCAGACCUUUUUGAGUCUGUUUUAUUCACUUUUGAUAAUAAAGUUAUUGAUGCUGUUGGUAAUGUGGUCGGAUGGGAAGAAGAGUUAGAAGAAGCUGUAGAAGAAGCUACAGAAGAGGAAAAAUUGGAAGAGCAACGAAGGCAAGAGGAAGAGCAGCAAAGAAUUUUAGAACAAGAAGAAUUACAGAAACGUAUAUAUGAAGAACAACAACGGCGUGAACGUGAACUUAAACAACAACGUGAACGUGAACGCGAGUUAGAAUUACAGAAACAACGAGAAAUUGAGCUACAGCGUGAACAUGAACGUAAAUUGGAGGUACAAAAACAGCGUGAAGCUGAACAGCGCGAACGUGAAAUUAGGCAGCAACGUGAACUUGAGCAGCAAAAUGAACAACUUGAAAGACAAAAACGUGAGAAAGAGCUUAGAUUGCGUGAACAAUUAGAAAAGCGUGAGCGCGAACAUGAACUUGAAUUGUUACAACAACAACGUGAAUAUGAAAUGCAGCAACAACGUGAAUAUGAAAUGCAGCAACAACGUGAAUAUGAAAUGCAGCAGCAACGUGAAUAUGAAAUGCAGCAGCAACGUGAAUAUGAAAUGCAACAACAACGUGAAUAUGAAAUGCAACAACAACGUGAAUAUGAAAUACAGCAACAACGUGAAUAUGAAAUGCAGCAACAACGUGAAUAUGAAAAGCAACAACGUGAAUAUGAAAAGCAACAACGUGAAUAUGAAAUGCAGCAACAACGUGAAUAUGAAAUGCAGCAACAACGUGAAUAUGAAAUGCAGCAACAACGUGAAUAUGAAAUGCAAAAACAAAUAAGAUCAAAAACGCCAACUCGUGGCAGAGAGUAUGAAACUAAACGUAUAUCAGAUGUUUUUGAUGGUAAAGAUGGUCGAUAUGAGGUCAAUGAUAGAAAUGGAAGAAGAGAUUUAGAGUGGAAUGAUAGAGGAAGGCAUCACGUUAAAGAUAAUGACAUGAACGAUAUGUGGAACAAAGAUAGUGCGUCUAAUGGCAAAGAGCAUUUUAGCGAAGAUCACGAGGAAGAUUAUGAUAGUAUCAGUGAAUUUGAGCUUAAUCAAAUGGAUAAUAGAGAAAAAAGAUCUAUUAAUAAACCAGUGGGACGUGUGGUCUCACUUCCGCCGCCACCACAAGACUUUGGAGUUACUGACUUGGAUUAUCGAGAUCCUGAGAUGGCCAACUUAAAGGAACUUGUAGAAAAAUUAGACAUGGAAGAACACGCAUUAAAUGGAACAAACACAGCAGACGAUUUGAGUGAUAUAGCGCCAAGUAGACCGACGAGCAUUUUUAUUUCGGAAGAUACAUUGAAACAUCUUUCUAAUAGUUUAACUGGCAACAUUAAUCCAUUUUUCUUAAAUCCAGAAGAAAGAUUUAAUGGGAGUGAGAAAGUAUUAACUACUAUACAAGAGGCUGAAACUUCAGAGAUGCACUAUCCAACGGACUCUAUAACGAAUAAUGAUAGAGUUCCAUCAUGUUCAGAUCAGAUAUCGUCAAAUACUGAAAAGGUUGAUGGAUCGAUUAAUUCCCAAAUAAUUCAACCAGAAGAAGAGAUAAAUGGAACACCUUCUGUAGAACAAAAAGAAUCCCCGACAUCUUCAGUAAAAAGUGCAUUACCAGGUGCUCGUGAUAGAGCUUUAAAACGUAGUGAAUUCAUGCAGGCAGGACCACCACUUCCAGCCUCUGUUCAGGAGAGGCGAUUAUUACUCGCUACUCACUUAGCACGUCUUAAUAAUCAUGAUGUAGAUAUAAGUCUUUUCCGUAAGCUGGCUAGAUUGUCUAAGGAGACAUCAUUAUCAGAGAGGGAAACCGCCUCAGAUAUCUGGGAAAAUGGAGAUAGAUUUUCAGAACUAAUAAUAGCAUUAAUAGGAUUCCUGAGCGAUUUUGAUGAGGCCACUGAAUUAAGGGAGAAUGCAGUUAUGUUACUUGGUCAAUUGCUUAUUAAUCAGCCAGAUUACGUUAAGGGUUCCGAAAGAAUAGUUUUACGAAGUUUAUUGGAGUGUAGCUCUGAUCCAGCUGCAAACGUCUGUGGUCAAGCAGAAGAGAUUUUGGAGAACUUUAUACAAGAAGUUGAUUGCAAAGUUGGCUUAUAUGCACUGAUCGAUAUAAUGGAGUCAACUUUAUUUGGCAGUUCUCUGGGCGUAAGUUCUCCUGUUGGUGAUAAUAUGUCUUCCAGUUCGCGGGCGUCUAUGAAAAAGUACGCCUUUACGGCAUUAGCUUUACUAGUUAAAAGGUUUGAUAAAAAGUCUCUAGAAAGACAAAUUGGUAGCAUUAUCCCAUUAUCAAUCAAGGGAUUUAAUGAUCAGAAAUCGGAGAUCCGUAAAGCUGUUGUUGAUACACUUGUUGCAGUGUAUUCAGUUAUCGGAGAUGAUAAUACUUUAUUCCAAUACCUCGGAAGCCUAAAUCCUUCACAAAAAAGUCUUCUUG